UAUUGACUAAAGUGGCAGUUGGCAAUAACUGUGUGUGCUAUGUGGCAAGCAGUACUAACCUGUUAGUUACUUGCCAGAGGAACACAAUGGAAAUAAAUUGUAUAAGUGUUAACCUCAUAUUAUAUCAGGGUUUAUGUUAGGAACCUACCUCUUAAGGAGCCUAUCAUUACCCCUUAAGGUCGAAGGAUUUUAUCUUAUUUUCAGAGGUAGACUGGGUCUGGCAGCUAAAACAGCCAAAUACCCUUAUCUAAACGUGAUCGAUUAUUAAUUGAGAUUUGGUUCUAGAAAUAUAAAGCCCUUUACUUUCAUGUCACAUCAAAAAUCAUUUUACAAAUGCUAUUUAUACUGUACACUGUUUUAUCACAGUUGCAGCCAACAGUAUUUUUCAGUGACGACACGUUUCUGGCGGCCUUCUUCCGUUACACACAGGUGUUCGGAGCAUGCUAGUAAGCACAGGGUGACCGUUUGUCUACCGUAAACACUCGCUGUAACAUGGAGAUAAGACCGUGUGGGAUGACUAACCCUAUCUUUUUAUUUCUCAACUGGUAAUUGAAGCGAGCUUGCCAUUCAGGUGCAUAGACAACUAGGCAGGCUUCAGCGCGUCACACACCACUUUGCAAUGAACUGGAGGCAGUAUGGAUUUUGAAAACAUAUACUUAAUUGUUUGAAACCUUAACGUCUUACUACAUAUUAUGAGGCAUGUCUUUCCUUGCUUCAAAGUAGCCUAGCCAAAAUUCAAACAAACGUGCAGGGAUGAUGUGGAUGCGUCAGUUCUCUGAGGUGGACGUGAACCUCAGGCACACGUGCGAGCAGGGCGACAGGCUGCAGGGCUAUGGCUGGCUGAUGCAUGAUGGCCUCAGCUUUGGUGUGCAGGAGAUCCACGACAGCGACUUUACGCUGACCACAGAGUUUGUCAAGCGGAUGGGCGGUGAGCACGGAGGGGACUGGACCUGGAGGAUCACAGCCAAGCAGCAUAGUUCGGCUCCCCACGCGCCAGUCAUCUCCCUGAUGUUCUACGCUGCUGCCGACACCCAGGGUUAUCUGGAGGCCCACGUGGAAGAGAGGAACCGUCUAGGUUCCAUCACUGGGUUCUCAGAGGAGCUGGGGAAUUUCAAGAUCACCUUCCGCAAGCCUGUCGCUGGGGAGUCCUCCAGUGCCAAAUAUGCCAGCUACAACUACCUCCAGACCAUGUCGCCAGGCUUGGAGAGGCUGACGGACAUUGUGAGGAACAGCUUGAACCGCAGAUUCGUCUACAGCCACCCCUCUGGCGAGAAGAGGCAAUACAUUGCGGUGGACACCUACAAACCCCAGCACCAGCCGAAAUCAGCCGACCCCAGAAAGGAGAACGACUUUGUCCUGCACCAGGUCACCGUCCAGACGCCCUUCCAGAUUGAGGUCCUGUUCGAGUCUGGUAGCUUCCGCGAUCGUCCCAACCAGCUGUCAGCGGCGGCCAUGACAGAGGAGCUGGAGAAGAGGAAGGCGGCGUUCGACGCCAAGUUCGAGAAGACGUUCGGCCUCCAGGCCAAAGGCUUGGGCCAGGCCCAGGUGAAGUUCAGCAAGGCGGCGCUGAGCAACAUGCUGGGCGGGAUGGGUUACUUCUACGGCCAGUCGGUGGUCCAGUCGGUGUACAAUGAGUACCCGCUGCUCUACCCCGAGGGUGCCCUGUUCACCGCCGUGCCCUCGCGUUCCUUCUUCCCCCGGGGGUUCCUGUGGGACGAAGGCUUCCACCAGCUGCUGCUCAGCAAGUGGGACCCCCAGGUGACGCGGGAGGCCACGGCUCACUGGUUGGACCUGGUCAAUAUGGAGGGAUGGAUUCCCCGGGAGCAGAUCCUUGGCGACGAGGCGCGCAGCAAGGUUCCUGCCGAGUUUGUGGUGCAGCGCAAUGAGAACGCCAACCCGCCCACCCUCUUCUUGGCCCUGCAGAAGCUAGUGGUGCAGCUCCAAGCCGACCCGGACGCAGAGUCCUCACGGCCCACCCUGCCCUUCCUCCGCAGGCUCUAUCCCCGGCUCCAGACGUGGUUUGAGUGGUACAACACCACCCAGACAGGCCCGCUGCCCAACUCCUACCGCUGGCGGGGCCGUGACAAGGACACCAACCUCUUCCUCAAUCCCAAGACGCUGACAUCUGGCCUGGAUGACUAUCCGCGGGCCUCGCAUCCAUCAGCUGAGGAGCGCCACGUGGACCUGCACUGCUGGAUGGCCCUGGCGUCAGGCACCAUGGCCAGCGUAGCCCGGCUGCUGGGAGAGCCACACCAGGAGUACGAGCGCACCCACCAGACGCUCAGCGACAACACACUGCUGGAUGAGCUGCACUGGUCAGACCAGCUUCGCUCCUUCAGCGACUAUGGAAACCACACGCAGGCGGUGUCGCUGCAGCAGGAGAAGGUGUAUGUGCCCCCAGGGCAGCCGAGGCACCAGUUUCCCGUGGCGCGCCUGGUGCGCUCGGUCCGCCGGGCCCCCAAGCCGCAGUUCGUCAAUGCUUUGGGCUACAUCAGCCUAUUCCCCUUCCUGCUGCACGUCCUAAAGCCCGACUCGCCCAAGCUAGAGCACAUCUUCAGAGACAUGAGGGACGCGGACAAGCUGUGGACGCCCUACGGCCUGCGCUCUCUGUCCAGGGCCGACCCACUCUACAUGAAACGCAACACGGAGCACGAUGCCCCCUACUGGCGGGGCCCCAUAUGGAUCAACAUUAACUACCUGGCUGUCAGGGCCCUGCACCACUAUGGCAACACUGAGGGGCCAUAUCAGGAGAAGGCGGCCAUCCUCUACCAGGAACUCAGAACUAAUAUCAUGAACAAUGUUUACAGACAGUAUGCAGAGACUGGGUAUAUAUGGGAACAGUACAAUGACAGCACGGGCAGUGGGCAAGGGAGCCACCCCUUCACCGGCUGGUCGGCACUAACUGUUUUGAUAAUGGCUGAGCAGUAUUGACACUGAUGCAAAAAAAAUAUAUCUUGCUUUUUGUAAGAUGUACUCUUCAAAUGUGCCAUUUUUACUCCCUCCAUCUGUCUCCUUAAUGCCAAUAAUGUUAGGUCUAUGAUUUUAAGAUUUUCUUAAAUAAUAUGAUUUUCUCAAAUGAUAACUAAAGAACUCCAAUGUUCCAAUUCUUCACCUUUGGCUGUCUCAUUGAGUGUUUGUACAAAGCCCAUACCCCAAAGAACGCAUGAAAGGUUAUUUUUGAACACCCCAUAUACUUCUCAAUGAAUCCCCCAAGUGCCGCCUGACUGAGAGAAUUCUGUCUGAUGGCAGAAACCUUUUAAGAACUAUAGUAACAAUAGUAGUAGCAAAAGAAUAGUCUUGACAUAAAUCAUUCAAAUGGUAUCAUAUCAAGACUACCGCAGGAACUAAUGCACUUUUCAAAGUCAAUCAUUCAAGCGUUUUUUUUUUUUUUUUGUCUCCGCAGAUGUUUUCUGUUGAAGAAAAUAAUACUUGUAUUGAGAAAUAGUGUAUUCAGUCUUAACAUAUUUGGUUAAUUUUGGGUUGCUUUGUCCCGUCCUACAAUCUCAUUUAAGCCCGUAUAAAAUAGAGAAAUAAGUUUUGAUGUCGUCAAAUGUUUUGCUGCGAACAAACGGUUUCCUGUUAAUUUUUAUCAAUGCAAAACAAGACGAAGAUGUAUUGUAUCUCCACUGGUAGCAGAUACCCUGAGUGGCACGGAAUAACAUGACUAACUUCAUUGCGUUGGUUUGUUACAUCUUCAGUGGAAAGAACAAUAAAUAUGUCAAACCCUUA